AUGGACCUAAAGAAGUGCUGUAACCACCCCUACCUCUUCCCGACAGCUGCUAAUGAAGCCCCUAAAAUGCCCAAUGGCAUGUAUGAUGGCAGUGCCCUCACAAAGGCUUCUGGGAAACUGAUGCUUCUGUGUAAGAUGCUGAAAAAACUAAAGGAGGGUGGACACAGAGUGCUUAUAUUCUCACAGAUGACAAAGAUGUUGGAUUUGCUGGAAGACUUUCUGGAGAAUGACGGGUACAAGUAUGAAAGGAUAGACGGAGGGGUGACUGGAGGGAUGAGGCAGGAAGCCAUCGAUAGAUUCAAUGCUCCUGGUGCUCCUCAGUUUGUUUUCCUCUUGUCCACCCGAGCAGGGGGUUUGGGCAUCAAUUUGGCAACCGCUGACACUGUCAUAAUCUACGACUCUGACUGGAACCCACACAAUGACAUCCAGGCAUUUAGCAGGGCUCAUCGUAUUGGUCAGAAUAAGAAGGUGAUGAUCUAUCGAUUUGUCACUAAAGCAUCUGUGGAGGAGAGAAUUACACAGAUGAAGACAAACUUAACGGUGUGA